GGCUGGCCGCAAGUGGCAGCUGCAACGGCCAUUAUUUCCUCGCCAUCCAUCCAAUCCAUCCUCCCUUCCUUCCCCCCGUCCCCGGUCGUCGCCACCACCAUAAAACCCCACUCCCCGGAGCCCGCGGCCGCGCAUUAGUUCCCGCCGCGCGCCCGCAGCUCCGCAUUCACUCCGCCCCUGCCCCCGCCCGCGGAGAGGGGCCAAGAAACCGACCCGGGACCGAUCAGAUGGGCGGCGGAUCCGGCGGCAGGGGGAAGGGGAUGCCGCGCGCGAUGGCGCCGGUGGAGGAGGUGGACGUCGCCGCCGUCCGGUACAAGCCGGCGGAGCUGCAGGCGCCGCACCUCACGGGCUUCCCGCUCCGGGCCUUCGUCUGGCUCCUCGAGUCCCCGCUCCUCGGCCCCCUCGUCACCUCCAUCCUCAAGAAGCAGAACAACAUGACCCAGAUGCUGCAGCACACGGUGAUCCCGGAGCGGCCCAUGUUCUACCCGGAGUACCCGCCGCAGGAGCCUGAACGAGGGGUUGUGACCCUGGGGGACGACAGGGACCCUGUGGACAGAGUUGAGGAAGCACUGAGUUGCCUCGCCCCGUAUGACCCGUCGGGGCGUUUCACAUCGGCCGAUGAGAAAAACCCCUUCCUCUACUGGAAGAUACGUGACUUUGCGUAUGCGUACCGGUCUGGGAUCACGACACCGUCAGCUGUUGCAGAGCUUGUCAUAGCGGGCGUGGAGGAGUGGAACAACAAGAAGCCUCCGAUGCCAAUGCUGAUCUUUUUUAAAGCGGAUGAUCUCAGGAAGCAAGCUGAUGCUUCCACAAAGAGAUUUGAGAAAGGAAGUCCAAUUUCUGUUUUGGAUGGAAUCUUUUUCGCUGUUAAGGACGACAUUGACUGCUUACCAUACCCAUCAAAGAGUGCCACCACAUUUUUUGACGAAAUCCGCCCUGUGGAGAAAGACGCUGUUGCUGUUUCUCGUUUACGGAAAUGUGGAGUGAUCUUUAUUGGGAAAGCAAAUAUGCACGAGCUAGGCCUUGGGGUCACUGGAAACAAUCCAAACUAUGGGACAGUAAGAAAUCCACAUUCAGUCGAUAGGUAUACUGGUGGUUCUUCAUCUGGUCCAGCUGCACUUGUCUCAUCAGGGUUAUGCUCAGGAGCAAUUGGAACAGACGGCGGAGGCUCAGUUCGAAUACCAUCCUCCCUAUGUGGCAUUGUUGGUUUGAAGACAACAUUCGGACGCACAGAUAUGACUGGGGUCGUUUGUGAUGCUGGGACAGUUGAAGUUGCUUCACCUCUUACAUCAUCAGUAGAGGAUUCUGUGCUAUUGUAUUCUGCACUAGCAGGCUCUAGACCUAUGGACAAACUUACGCUGAGACCUUCCCUGCUGUGUGUUCCUAACUUGGUGUCCUCCGAGAAUAGCAAGAUCCUGCAAUCAGUGAAAGUGGGAAAAUAUACAGAGUGGUUUCAUGAUGUCCCUGAUAAUGAGGUCUCAAAUACAUGUGAAGAUGCACUUAACCUCCUAUGCAGCACCUUUGGAUGUCAGAUAGAAGAGAUAAUCUUACCAGAGCUUGAGGAAAUGCGUACAGCCCAUCUUGUCUCUAUUGGCUCAGAAGCAUUCUCAGACAUGAAUGCUCAUUACCAAGCAGGGAGGCGAACUGAAAUGACGUUAGAUACUCGAGCAAGUUUGGCACUUUUUAAGUCAUUCACUUCAGCAGAUUAUGUUGCUGCUCAAUGUCUGAGGAGAAGGAUAAUGUACUAUCACAUGGAAGCUUUCAAGAAGGUUGACGUCAUAGCAACCCCUACAACCGGCAUGACCGCGCCAAAAAUACCACCAAGUGCUCUGAAAGGAGAGUCUGAUUAUGUUGUAUCAGCCAAGCUGAUGCAAUUCAUUUUUGCCGGGAACCUUCUUGGCUUGCCUGCCAUUUCUGUUCCUGUUGGUCAUGACAAGCAAGGCCUUCCUAUCGGCUUGCAACUGAUAGGCCGUCCGUGGGGCGAGGCUAGCUUAUUGAGGGUGGCUUCGGCAGUAGAGGAGCUCUGCCUGAAGAGAAGAAGUCGGCCAUCCACAUUCUACGACAUCCUGAAGACCUGAAACAUCAUCAGUAUGCAAUAUCAAUAGUAUGUCAGAGGUUUGUCAUUUGUCAGUGACUCAGGAUAGACACAGCAAACCCUUCCCCAGUUUAUAAAAAACUGAGAAAAUAAUUUUACCAGAGAUAUUGUAGCAGCAAUAAGCAAGUGAGGUACAGUAGUAUAUAAAAAAAAUUUGUUUGGACGUUUGGGGUA